UAGGUGCAUUGCACGUGGCAUAGCCUCAUCAACGGAAGCCCGUGCAAAGCCUGCCAAAGUCCAGCAUCCGCCACGCCACCACCUAGACAUCCUACCCAGCACACAUCACGAGAGGAUGACGCCUCCCAUGCCUCCACGUGUACCCCCACUCCUCCUUUAUAACCCCACCUCACACCUCUCUCUCUCUCAUCACUGCUCAUCACACCCUCUAUUCAAAGCCUCUCCCUCGUUCACAGCCGUCCAUCAUGUCUGAUCAACCCAAGCCGGUGACCCCGAAGCCCUACGACUCGGCUCCAUCCUCACGCCAGGCCGUCAAGUUCUUGACGGCGGCCACCAUCGGCACCAUCCUCCUGGUCCUGUCCGGAUUAACCUUAACCGGAACGGUGAUAGCUCUGAUCAUCGCCACCCCAGCUCUGGUCUUGUUCAGCCCCAUCCUAGUCCCAGCGGGAAUAGUCAUAUUCCUGGCGACAACCGGGUUCUUGUUCUCUGGCUGCUGCGGCGUGACAGCGCUGAUGGCAUUGUCGUGGUUAUACGAGUACGUAGCCGGAAAACACCCGCCGGGGGCGGAUCAGCUGGACUACGCUAGGAUGAGGAUAGCGAAUAAGGCUAGGGAUAUGAAGGAGAGAGCCAAGGAGUACGGACAGUACGUCCAUCACAAGGCUCAGGAGGCAACUCAAGGAUCUUAGAAUGAAUGUUUUUAUGAUUCGUAGGAUUUCAAUUUUUGUUUGUGUUAUGUGAUCCGGGGAGGUGGAGGUGGAGGUGGCGGUGGCGGUGGCUGCGGCGGUGUAUCGUACGCAUGCAUGCAUGGAAGCAUGAACGUGAAUUGUGUGUGUGAUUUGGGUUUUUGAAAGGUGUUUGUAGGGAACCUAGCAUUUUGUUGUUAAUAAAAAUGUGUUCAGUUGAGGC